UUUGCAUCCUUGUUUGAGUGUUUGAAUAGCCUGGCAAAGGCUCGGAAACAGCAAUAUAAAUGGAAAAGGGCAAUCAAGAUGUAUCGUCAGGGGCAUCUAGACUUCAGCGAAACAUGAAAGAGAGAAUCAGAAGAAAAAAUAUGAAAGAUCUUCUUUCCGAGCUCGCUUUUGUAACUCCUUUACAAUCCUCUAAGGUUUCAGUGACUGAGUUGUUGGAGCACGCCACCAAUCAUAUAAAGCAAUUGCAAGAAGGUGUCGAGGAGCGAAGGCGGCAAAGAGCAUUACUACUGAAAGAGAGUAUUGCUGAUGAAAAAAAAAAGCCAAGCGGGUCAAGAUUACCUUCACUCAACAUAAAAUGUUCAGAUUCAAGUUUGGAAAUAAAUUUGAUUUGUGGGUUGGAGGAGAACUUCAUGUUGCAUGACAUUAUCAGUAUUCUUCAGGAAGAAGGAGCCGAAGUCAUAAGUUCUACUCAGUAUAAUGCUGGCGAUAGAAUCUUAUACACCAUUAAGUCUCAGGCUAUCAGUCCGAGGAUUGGUGUAGAAACUACAAGAAUUCGUCUGAGAAUAAAGGAUCUGUGUUUCUAAUAUCUAGCCUGGAGUUAUGCAACACAGAAACGUAUACAAGGUGAACCCUGCGGCUCCUUGGUGUCAGGGAAAUUUCGAAACUUUAGUUGUUUUAUAAUCUAAAUAAUUAGUUCUAAAUGAUGUAGCUAGGCGAGUCUUGAUAAAUUGAACUGGGUUUAACUUAGAAUAUAUGUAUGUUGUGAGUUUGCUGUUGAAA